CGGAUUGAAGUGUGAGAAAAGAAGAAGAAAUAACAUUGUCCCAGAAGAUCAGCCACAAAGUGAUGUCUAAUCAAUGUUACAUUUAUUCUGAAUUAACCAUUUAAAACAGUUCAGUGAAAUCUUCAUUGCCUUUUAUGGCAAAUUCAUUUGUGUCUUUCCCUUACACUAACUCCUUUUUCCAUGCAAAACCAACAACACUGUCAUACUCACUCUAACUUUCUUUCUUUGCAUCCUUCACUCCUGACACAACAAAAAAAAUGAGAUGCUUAAGCGUUACCUUUACAUUCUCCUCAUUUGCCACCACCACCCUUCAAGAAAAACCUUAUUUUGAUCCUUUUCUUUCCAAUACCCUUCAAAAGUAUCUACUAUCUACAGUCUUCAAAAUUCCAUUUGUGGGGCUACCAUUGUGGCAUUUUAUCAAAUGGCAUCUGUGCCUCUCUUCCUUGUAUGCUUCCUUUUGUUUUCAGCUGAAAUGAUGUCAAUGGCAAUGGAAGAGGAAGAGUUGUUGGGGUUGUUUGAAGUGAUGGAAGCUCUUCUUGAUGAUCCUGAAUGGUCACAAGCACAUCCCCAACCAUGCACUGAAACUCCAUGGCCUGGUGUUGAGUGUGAAGUUAGCACUGAUGACCCUCAAAAUCCAAUAUUUCAUAUCACAAAGAUCCACAUUGGUCCUGAUAUAGUUUCACCACCUUGCAAAUCUUCUGCAUACAUAUCCAAAUCCUUGAUCAAGCUGAGUUACUUGAAAACUCUUUCAAUCUUCAACUGUUUUGUUGAUUCACCUGUGACUCUACCAUCAACACUGUUUGGUUCUUUCUCUUCCUUGGAACACCUUGCCUUACAGUCUAAUCCAACCCUCAAUGGAGAACUACCUUCAAGUUUGGCUGAAGUGUCUUCUCUUAGGGUCCUAAGCUUGUCCCAGAACAGCUUUCAUGGAAAGAUUCCAAGAAAGAUCGGUUCUUUGCCUUGUCUAGAGCAACUUGACCUCAGUUACAAUAACUUCAGUGGUCAAAUCCCAUUGGAAAUUGGAGGGUUGAAGAGUCUGACCAUUUUGGACAUUAGUUUCAAUGGAAUUGAAGGCAAUCUUCCUCAUUCCCUUGGACAACUUAAACAACUUCAGAAGAUGGAUUUGAGCUCAAAUAGGCUUGAUGGUAGAAUACCCUUUGAUUUGGGAAUGCUCAAGAGGUUAGUGCUGCUUGAUCUGAGUCAUAAUUUCAUUGUUGGUCCUAUUCCUCAAAGCUUGUCAGAUUUGGAGAAUUUGGAGUAUUUAAUAAUGGAUGACAACCCCAUCAAAGCAAGGAUACCAUUCUUCAUAGGAAGCCUUUUGAAGCUCAAAUCAGUGAGUUUCUCAAGGUGUGGCUUGGUUGGUCCCAUACCCAAUUCUUUCUCUGCAUUGAAGAACCUUUCAGCUCUAUCCUUAGAUAACAAUAGCCUAACGGGACAAGUUCCAUCAAAUUUAGGCUUGCUUCCUAACUUAGAUCAACUGAAUAUUAGUAACAACAUGCUGUAUGGUGUUCUAGAGCUGAAUGGUGACUUCAUUGCAAAGCUUGGGGAAAGGUUGGAUGUGAGAGGGAACAAUGAACUAUGUAUCAGUGAUCUGCAAAACAAGAAUAACAUCUCUUCAUACUUGGAAAUCCCCUCUUGUAUGAGCAUGAGAACAAUUGGUGGGUGGGGGAAAUAA